AUGGACUUUUUAGGGGAGAGACGUGUUGGGGCAUUUCUCGAAGAGGAAAUAGUGCAGCUUGGGAACUUGAUUAAAAUAGCUGAGAGUGGGAGUACAAACGAGUAUGUCACCACGUCUUUAUUGCGAAUGUUGAGCUCUUUUGUUCUCAAGUUGAACACUUUUUUUGUCGACUCGAAAAAGACGCGCGACCUUCAACUUGAAGAGGUGGUCCAAGCAGUCAAUUUUUUGAAAUCCCGUGUGGAUGACUCGAACUCUCGAGUGCAGUACCUUCUAGCCCAAGUUCCCGAAGUGAAACACACAUCAGACCCUGUUAUUACAAUGGCGGAGUUACAAAACGUCAAGCCAAAGUCUUCUGAAGAUUUAAAAGAAAUCAAAGAAGUACCGAAAGAGCCGAUGAUCAAACCCAUUGUUUUUGAGAGUGAUCAAGACAGACUUUUGAAAUUAGUUGGAACACAAACGAAUAUGGAGUUGUUAGAGAAGUGGACAGAGAAAAAGAGGUGUGAAGUAAUAUACGAUUCAGACGAUGACGGGUUGUCGUCGUACUCACUCAAUGCGAAGAUCUGUGGUAAAAAGAAUGUAAUGAUAUUUGUGAAGACAACAGACAACUGUCUUUUCGGGACUUUCAAUACUGUCGAGUUACCAACACCACUUUCAGAGUCCGAGUAUUGUUUUGUAAGAAACGACGCAGGUUUCUUUAUUUUUUCUUUAGAAAACCACAAAUCUUCACCACAGAAGAUUUGUAAGAAAAUUGAUGCUUCGAGUGACGCGUCUAUAUUAAUCAAGUCGUCGAUGACAGACGUGUUUUACGUCUCAAAAGCCUUUUGUGUAAAGAAUGGGGGGUCUUUUGUUCUUCCUGGGUUUUCACAAGAGUAUGUUGUAGAAGGUGAAAGUGGGGAUGACACUUUAACUGGGACACAUGAUCCACAGAAGUUUGAUGUGCGCAAGGUCUUAGCUGUUGUCUGGGAUUGA